AGUGGAUUAAGAUAAGUGAAAUAAAAAAUUGCUAAAUAUUCCAAAUGGGCAAUAAAAGCCCAUUAUGGCCCAGUGUCAUCAACUACAACAUCAGCAUGAAUUUUUGCCUCUGUGUGAUGUACUAUUUAACAUUAUUUCAUUAGCAUCCUAUUUCUGCGAUGUUGUCUUUGAUUUUGCGAUGGUAUAUGCCCUUGCCCAUCAAGUAACAACAUCGCCCAUACUAUUUCCAUUGAGCAUCACUUUUAUAACAACUUCUCUGUUGAUUUCUCAGAUCGUUAGUUUGCGAUGGUAUCUCUGGGGAGCUAGAGGUAAAUUAACAAACGCACCAAAUAAUUGUCAUGUAAAUCCAGUGAAGAGAAUUGGCAAUUGGACUGUAGGCUGCGUUCUAUUACUUCACUCCACCCAAGUCGGUGUACUAUGGAGAUACUUCAAAUUAUUUAUUCCAGUAAAUUUAACUUUUGUGAAGCACGAGGUACGGGAGCUCUGUGUAUUACGGCUGAUACACGCAUUCUGUGAGGCCGCUCCAAUGCUACUUCUGCAGCUCUACGUUUUGUUCGGCGCUAUCGACGGUGAUAGGAUAGAAGCCGAGAAAUUGAACGAAAGUGAGAGCAAGGACGGCGGUAAAUUAAAGGAGCUGACACUAGUGUCGGCAGGACUGUCCUUAUGGAGUGUGUGCUGGGCGGUUGCCAGUUUCAGCAAAGGUGCCGCGCGUCUGCGUAAUCUAGAACGUUUAGUGCUAACAUGGUUGGGAGUGCUGGCGCAAUUAUUUUGGCGUCUGGGGACAGUGAGUGCUCGCGUCGGAGCAUUGGUCGCGUACGCUUCGUUGUACGGCGGACAGUGGCUGCUGAUCGUGAUGGCUCUCCACUGGUUAUCCAUGUUGACGUGGUUACUGCUCACGCCGGACGGACUCUUCCACGGUGGCGAGCGUCUUUCCCUUCUUAGGAAGACUUUCCUCGCUUCUCUCCUUGCUUUUGUGUAUAUAUUUGCAUACGUUAAUCUACAUGAGACGAAUCAUCGUCAAAAAAUGGUGAUAUUUUACACUGUAAUGUUCUUGGAGAACAGUUUACUCAUCGGCGUGUGGAUAGCUGGUGUUAAUCGUGCCGAUCUUUUGUCUCACCAGCAUCAUCUACAUCCAGUUACUCUAGUACUUCUUCUACUAGCUUUAUUUUUUGGUGGCAUGUUUUUCAUGGGUCUUUAUUACAGAUUUUUUCAUGUAAGAAGAUUAAGGUACGAGGCUGGUGGGAGAAUGACUGGUUCGAAUCUCACUACAUUAUCGAAUCAGGACAAUGCGGAAGAGAAACAGAUAGACUAUAACGAGGGAAAGAAAGUUAAUAUUAGUAUUAGCAUGAGGAAAGUUAAAUUAAGUAACGGCGGCAUACCAGGUGUGUUCAAUUGCCGUUUCGCAAAUCCAACGGCUGUUGUAAAUCCGAAUCGCAAGAAGAAGAAACCAACCAGCUUUGUACCACCGCCACCGCCGCAAUCGCAGAGCACGGUGAUGAGUUCCGUAACGGCGAUAGGUGACUCAAAACAGUGGCUCAACAUGGGCAAUGGAUCGCGGCAAUUGAUUCCAUUUUGGAAGAAACCGAUAUCUUCUAAUGUAGUACAGAACGAUGGUUCCAACGAGCACAAAGACGAAACUGAUAUGGCAAUCGGCGGCUCGUUGAAUGUCACGUUAAUACGCGAGAAAUUGAAAGAGAAAAAACAACAACAACUUCGAGAAUUGCGAGCGAUACAGGAGGAGAUCAAAGAAGGUAAAUUGUUCCCACCUCCUUCCGCUUCUACAUCCUCUUUUUCGUCCUCCCCUUCCGCAUCUAAUCAGCAACCACCACCAAACACGAAAUUGCAUACCUCUCCGAGUUCCCCGUUAUUCACGUCUCCACCGUCGUUCUGCGAGCAGAACGGUGGUAAUGCCUUAUCGUCUUGGCCGCCCAUCAAAAUGCAUUGCCUCUUACCUCCACCACCUUCCUCUCCGUAUUAUCCUAAUCCCUCGAAUCCGUGGAGAGCAGCGCCUCAACGAGAACGGGCGGACACGCCAGAGAUAUUAUUAGCACCGCGAUGUCUUCCGCAUCAUUAUCCCCAUUGGUCACCGCCUGGACAUCUCAGUCAUAGAUUGCAUGCGAAUCAGAACGGCGUCGAAGAAAGUUCUAAAGGUGAGGGCGAUGGAGAAGCGGAAGUCAGCGACAUGGAAGGUAGUCAAGUCUCGUUACCUAGGAGUUAUACGUUACCUCGCGAAUUCAAAUAUAAUCCUAACAGCGCCGUGAGAGAACGAGAGCGUCGCGUAGGAAAUAAUAAAAUAUAUUCUUCGCGUUUUUAUCUUCCGUCCACCAAUAGCUCCGACGGCGAUGUAGAUAGUGCUGAUAAUGAGGACGAAACGGAUUCAGAAGCACAAACGAAGGCCAAUCAUGUUCACAAUUACGAUGAAAUCUUGCAGAGGCGUCAUAUAUACGAAAAUAAUGAAGAGAACGACGCCGCAAAUCCUAAUGCAGAGUACGGCGCGUCUAACAUUAUGUCUAACAAUUGUUAUUCGAACAAUUCUCAUGGUGUCCUACGACCGAGUCAAUUACUCCGAACACGAGUGAAACAUGAAACAAAACUGUAAGUUGUACUGUAACACAUAAUUGCGAAUCUUGUCAUGCAUGACACGUUGUGUUCAAAAAGAUCUUUCAGAAAUUAUCUUUUUACUAAUUGUUAACAGUAUAAGACUGUUGACCUCGCAAUAGAAUAGGUAUAAAUAUUUAAUAGUAUAAUACAUGAUACAUGCAUAUACACAACAAUACAUUAUAUUUCUUUUGUGAGUGUAUUAGCAUGCAUUACUUGCGAUAUAAUCUAAUAAAAUGUAAUUUAAUUUUUUCGUGGCAUUCUGCAUAAUAAAAUUGUGUGAAUGGGAGAACCACGACAAAUCGAGUAUAUAAUAGAGUGCAUCUUAAGAAAGCACAAAUGACAAAUACGAAUACAUGACUUACACUAUCGAAAUUCGUGUACGACGGAUAUUUUAUAUAAUGCAUAGUUACCUGAAUAGAAAUCGUACACCUUUCAUCCGUUAAUUAUACAAGACAUGU